CUCGUGCAGGCGCCAGGCAGUAGUCAGUAAAUUUAAAGGGAAAGUGAACAGGGAAGUAAAGCUGUUUAAAGCUCCUUUGUUAAACAGUACAGUUAUUGACACGGCUUAUCAUUUCACUUGUGUCUAUUAAUACAGAUAAGGGAUAUCUCAGUAAACCUUUUAAUUUUGAUGUAUGAUUUUAAUGCGCUGAUGGGUGAGCUGCACACAUCAUGCUAACCAUGCUAAUCUAGCACCAGUUGAUCGGAUCGGAUGCGCUGCGGUGAAUGUGUCACUUUUCUCCUUUCCCGGAAUUAAACAUCAUAUUAUUGGCAAAAGGAUUCUGGUUUUACCACAGACUUCAUUUCUGACAGCAUGGAGGAGUUUGGAAGCGACAGAUCUCCACUGCCCAGGAACAUGAUCGAGAACAGCAUGUUUGAGGAAGAGCCAGAUGUGGUGGAUUUGGCGAACGACUCCCCGUCCUAUCCCAUCGACUCCCCAUCCUAUCCCAUCGACUCCGACGAUGUGGUCUAUGAACCCCGCAGCUCGCGCCUGUUAGUCCGAGGCCUGGGAGAAAAUGACCUGGAUGAGGAUGAGGAGGACUACGAGUCUUCCGCUCGGCUUCUUGGGAUGUCCUUUAUGAACCGCAGUUCCAACCAGCGUAGCCCUGCGUCAUCUUACACCCGUCAGCAGACCCCAGGAUCAUGUUCGAUGCCGUCUGCUAGGACUAUGGUAGUAGGCGUUCUCAUAUUGGUGCUGGUGGCGUCCAUGGCCAUGGUCAUCUACUUUCUUCCAGGCUGCACUUUUACCAAAAGUGGCUGUAAGAAAGCCAACUCUCCUAUGGAAAAGAUUUAUCCCAUUUCCACAAGCGGAGAGCUUUUCCCAUGGACCGAGUUGAGGUUACCAGCUAGCGUACAACCAGUGCAAUACAAUAUUUCACUGCAUCCCAACCUGACCUCUAUGACCUUUCAAGGCAACGUGUCCAUCUUAGUGGAGGUCUUGCAGGAAACUAAGAAGAUUGUCCUACACAGCUCUGAUAUGAAUAUAACCAAGGCCACGUUUGACAGUAAAGACGUCAAGAUCCUAGAGUACAAACCCUGGCAGCAGAUUGCUAUUAAAUUUACAGAGGAUCUUCAGAAGGGAAAGUAUGUUUUGAACUUUGUCUACAAAGCAAAUCUGUCCUCCAGAUAUGAUGGCUUCUACAUCAGUUCCUAUGCAGACACAAAUGGUACAAAAAGAGUUUUGGCUGCGACUCAGUUUGAACCCCUGGCAGCCCGCAAGGCUUUUCCUUGUUUUGACGAACCAGCUUUUAAAUCCACUUUUCUAAUAAGGAUGACAAGAGAACCCGAAUACACCAGUCUAUCAAACAUGCCCAAGGCCAAAACCACCGAUUUGAAGAACGGUCUUCUGGAAGACGAGUUUGAGAAAAGUGUUAAGAUGAGCUCUUACCUGGUUGCAUUUGUCGUGGCUGAAUUCAGCAGCGUCAGCAAAAAUGUCUCCAAAUCUACGGUGUCUGUGUAUGCAGUACCAGACAAAAAGGAGCAAAUGCAUUACGCUUUGGACACGGCUUGCAAAUUGUUGGAGUUUUACAAUACGUUUUUUGACAGCGAUUACCCGUUAAGCAAGCUGGAUUUAGUGGCGAUUCCUGACUUCCUUGCUGGUGCCAUGGAGAACUGGGGACUCAUUACAUUUCGUGAAACGACUUUGCUUGUAGGGGAUCAUUCCUCUCCUAUAGACAAGCAACUGGUGACCUCAGUCAUUGCUCAUGAACUUGCCCACCAGUGGUUUGGAAAUCUGGUCACUAUGAGAUGGUGGAAUGAUCUUUGGCUGAAUGAAGGAUUCGCAACAUACAUGCAAUACAUGUCAGUUGAAACUGUUUUCCCGGAACUUAACAUGGACUCUGAAUUCUUAAGCGUUCGUUUCAAAGCCUUCGCCAAAGAUGUGCUGAACUCGUCCCAUCCGGUGUCCGCUAUAGUAAACACUCCAGAGCAGGUGGAGGAGAUGUUCGACUCUGUUUCUUAUGAGAAGGGGGCUUCAAUACUGCUCAUGCUCAGUUCAGCACUCACAAAGGAGGAGUUUCAAAAAGGAUUGAUAGAGUAUUUGCAAACGUACAAAUUCGCAAAUACAGAAAGUGACAACUUGUGGAACAGUCUUACACAGGUGAGCAAACAGCCGUUCAAUGUGGCCCAGAUGAUGAACACAUGGACGAUUCAAAAAGGCUUUCCUCUGGUCACGGUGAAGAGGAACGGGACUCAAGUGACCCUGACCCAAGAACAUUUCCUUCUGAACGCUGACAAUGUCACUAAUGACAGCAGCUUGUGGCACAUUCCCCUGACGUAUGUGAACGACAGCUGUCUCAAUUGCACGCAAGUUUUCCACCUCAGAAACAAAACAGCGACAUUAAAGCUUCCAGAUCAGGUGAAAUGGUUAAAGUUCAACUACAUGAGUGAUGGAUUCUACAUAGUGCACUAUGAUGAGGAGGGCUGGAGGGCAUUGAUCGAGGCGUUGAAAGCAGACUUUAAAGUUCUCACUCAUAAGGACAAAGCAUCUCUCAUCAAUAACGUCUUCGCUCUCUCCAGGCUGGGCAAGGUGUCCUUCAGGCAGGUCUUAAAUUUGCUGGACUACAUCAAAAAUGAGACAGAGACGGCUCCUCUGACUGAAGCCCUCUUCCAGCUCGGACAGAUAUUCAGAUUACUCGACAAAAGAUCAGAGCUGAACUUGGCCUCCAGAAUGAGUAGUUACAUUAAAGACCAUUUUGGAAGUUUGAUGGAGAAUCAGUCAUGGGAACAGGAGAGCUCCGUGUCAAAGAUGACUCUCAGGGCCGCCCUACUCGACAUGGCAUGUUCCCUUGAUAUAGCCAACUGCUCACAAAAAGCCACACUUCUCUUUAAUAAUUGGUUGAAUUUGAACAAGUCCUCUGGGAUUCCCAGUGACCUCAUGACAACGGUCUUCAAAGUUGCUGCUCGUACAGAAGACGGAUGGGGUGUGCUGCUAGAUACAUAUAAAAACUCCAUCUACGUCCCAGAGAAACGCAAGGCUCUGGUAGCUUUGGCCAGUACUCAGGAUGUACGCAAAAUUAUAUGGAUUCUGCAGAGAACUCUGGAUGGAAGCAUGAUCCCCACACCCGAAUUUCCUUUGGUGGUGCACACGAUUUGCAAGAACUUUGCUGGCUACCUGUACGCUUGGGAUUUCGUUAAGGAGAACUGGGAUAAAAUCAUUCAGAAGUUUCCUAUUGGAUCUUUUGCCAUUCAAAGCCUCAUCACAUCCACAACUAGUCAUUUUUCUACAAAAACACAUCUGAUGGAGACCCAAAACUUCUUCAACAGUCUGGGCGAGAGAGGCUCUCAGAUGAGGGUCGUACAGGAGGCCAUAGAGACCAUCAAGAUGAACAUGCGGUGGAUCGAGAGGAACCUGGAAACGCUGCAGAAAUGGCUGUAGGGUGAGGUGCUCGCUCCACUCACGUACCCCUCACCACACACCAGCGGGUGUAAGUGGACGUUACCGUUACAACAGCCAGAGCCACACAUUUACACUGUUAGAUUUAAUGUGGGGUAGAGGACCUAUCUGCCUGACAUCAUUUUAAAAGGAACUUUAAUACAACUGUCUUAUGUAAAUAAACAGGUUGAUGUCCUGUGUCAUAACAUAUUCUUCAGGACGUUUGGCACAUGACACAUCUCUCACUUCACUUUGACUCUUGUGUAUAUAUUUGGCAAUGGCCUCAAGCACUGUUUGCACUAUUUACAGUUACGGCUUGCUCAGGGCAAAUCUGGAUGUUGUUUUUUUAACAUUAGGAUGCGUUUGAACCCUUGAAUGUUGGUAGCUACAGACCAAAACGUCCCAUCAGUAUCUCUUACAGCAGUGCUUCCCAAUCCUGGUCUUCAAGUUUGAGAUGUUUCCUUAUUUAACACACCUGAUUUAACUCAUCAGCUUGUUAGAGAGACAUGUUUACAAUUUUGGAAGCAGGCUGAUAAGCUGAAUCAAGCUUUUUAAAUAAGGAGACAUCUAAAACCUUUUGGAAAGGGGUCCUCGAGAGCCACGAUUGGAAAGCAGUGUCUUACAAUAUAUACGGCCUUUAGCACGCUUUGCCAAAAAUAAUAGUUGCCUAUUACAGGUUGAAUAAAAUUCUGCUAAAUAAGAUGCAUCAACAGAAACCUGUUCCUGCUGUGUAUAAAAAUAGACAUCUGGCACACAUAUUUGCAAAAUUGCUGACAAUCGAUUGUCAAUGUGUUUGUCUUUUAUUUAUGUUUUUAGAUUUCAUCGUUUUUUAUUUUUUUGCGUAGUCUGCGGUGCCUGUUUCCAGUACUGUGUGAAGCUAGAAGUAUAGUUAUGCUUUUUUAUUAAUAGUGCACUGCUGGAUGUUUUGAAGACCAUACUUUGCACACAUAGGUUGCACAUGUGCGUAUAGGAGAAUGUAGUAUGUAGCCCAAAAGAUGCAUUGCAUUUUGGCGCAAUGCGCAUGCGUUGAACAUCUGUGUACAGGUACGAGUCAAAUAAACUAUGCUUUGCAAAGCUGUGCGCGUACGUUGGCGUACAUGUAAAAAAAACUAACAAUACUUUGGUCUUAAAUGUUAUUGCCUUCUGUAAAACUUUGCAUAAAAUGAAUUUUGGAGUUUUUAGUUUAGAGUUGAGUGUGUGUAUUAUGUUUUAAAGUUCACGCGGGCUUGCAUACAGGUCAAUUUUUAUGUGUGAUUUUCUUUUGCACAUUUUGAAGCUGGACAUAUUUCACAGGUUUAUUGUGAAAUAUGCAAAGACAUAGGUGAUGAAAUAUGUGGUCAUAUUUAAAUAGUGAUUGUAGGAUUCGACCGUUAUAAAUGUAUAUUUGUAACCAAGUUCAAAGAAGUCCUGUGUUACCACCGUCUGCAGUGUUGGGGGGGGCAAACGGGGCAGUAAAAUCACAUCACCAUGUUUCACUCUUCAGAUCUUCAUUCAUUGCUACUGAUUAUUUCUCUUUAGUGUUUGUAUGUAUGACGUUUUACUUGUAUAUUAUGAUGUUUUCUGGCUGUUUUUAUUGGUUUUUUAAUAUUCAACAUGUAUUAUUUGGAGUUAAAACUGUAUCAAAACCUCACUCAAAUGUACUGUGUGUGUCAAAAACAUUUUUUUUUAUCGGGGACAGUGCACAUUAAUAAUACAUAAAUAUGUAAAAUGCGCAAUCUUGGCUAACUUUCAUCUGUAGUCCCUUUUAUAUUUAAAGGGUGAUUGUAGGUUUCGACCGUUUUAAAUGUAUAUUUGUAAACAAGUUCAAAGAAGUCGUCCUGUGUUACCACCAUCUGCAGUGUUGGGGGGGGCAGACUGGGCAGAUUUACAAAUAUAUAGAUGAAACGCGUCCUCGCAUACAACUUGCAUAUACAAACAGGUCAUUUUGUUUGUGCAAUGCAAUACACAAAACUACUGCAUUUGUGAUUGUCGUCAUAUAUCGGACACAAACCGUACAAAGGAGGUUUUAUUUUAGUUUGAACUUCAUACAUUUAAGCUUCGAUAUCUUCAUGAUGUUUGAGAAUCUGUGAUCAAUAGAUAUCAAGUACUUUUUAUGUGACCCUGGACCACAAAACCAGUAAUAAGUCGCACGGGUAUAUUUGUAGCAAUAGCCAACAAUACAUUUUUGAUUUUUGUGCCAAUAUAUUAAGAUCAUUUUCCAUUAAGAUAUUUUGUAAAUGUCCUCCCAUAAAUAUAUAAAAAAUGUAUUUAUCAUUACUAAUAUGUGUUACUUAGGACUUUUGGACAACCUUAAAGGCAAUUUUCUCAAUAUUUUGAUUUGCAACCUCAGAUUCCAGAUCUUGGCCAAAUAUUAUCCUAUCCAAAAUUAUACAUCAAUUGAAAGCAUAUUUAUUUAGCUUUCAGAUGCAGAAAUCUCAAUUUACAAAAAUUGACCCUGGUCAAUUGACUGGUUUUGUGGUCCAGGGUCAGAUAUGAUAAUUAUGCUUUCAGGUUUCUCCUUUAUUACUCAGUGAUCUGACCUCAUAAACUGUCAAAUAAGACUGGUACAUUAUAAUACAACCGGUACAUUGUAAUUAUUUUAGAUUUAACAAAUGUAAAUGGCCUCUUAUCAAUAAGCUUUAUUAAUAUAUUUGAGGUAUAACUGUUUUUUUAAGACAAUGGCAUCAUUGCCUACACUGUAAUUAGAGUAAAUAUGGCAUUUAUUGUGAAGUUGAAGGGUUACAGUUAUCAGUGAAUGUAUUCAUGUUUGUUACUAUAGAUUUGGUCAAACUUGAACCCUAUGAUUGUAAUUCUCUUGUAUCUAAAGGAUCUGGUUUAACCGUAUAGAUGAAUCUAUAAGAAAUGUUAAACGCAGAGAAUGUCAAGACAAUGCUUUCCUCUGAAAUUAUCCCUUCUUUUUUAUACAAACCCUUUUUGGAACAAUAUUUUCUUUUUCUUUUUUGUUAUAUGAGUAUGAAUAUGGUUCUGUUUUUAAAAAAAAUUGCUGUGUUAAACUGCUCAAUAAGUUUAAAAUGGAUAAUGGAAAAACUACAUAUUUGUGUUUUGUGCAGAAACGCUUGUGUUCUAUGUUAAACAGCUUUACACUGGAUUAAAAUGUUUUCAAGAUGUUGCUUAACUAUGGGUAACCAGUGGCCAAUCUUUACACCACACAAAAAAAGAAUAAAAACAUUUUGAAGAAUU